AUGGGCCACGGCUUUAUCUCCUGGCCACGUCGCCUCUGUCUCCCUCAUGGCGCCUUCCUCUGUGCGCCUCUCCCUGGGGCUGAGCUCCCUCACGCUCAGAUCUCUCCCUUGCUCCUGCAGCUCGCCCUCUCUUCCUCAAGCUCGUCCCCAUGGCCCGGUCCCAGCUUGGCCUCUGCUCCAACUUCCCCAGCCGCACCCAGCCGAGGUCCCUCCCACGUGCACAGCCCCUCACCCAUCUCCCAUGGCCGCACCGCUCCUCUCUCUCGCGCUCGGCCUCUCACCGGCAGAUUCCCUAGUCGUGAGCUCUGGCGCCGGCUGCCCCUUCGUGCUCGUCUCUGGAGCUCGCCCGACCCCAAGCUACGCUCGCCCGUGGCCGUCGAACUUGCUCAAGUCCGGUCAUCCUCAACCUUCGGUCUUUGCUCAUCCCAGCCGAUGCCCAUCUCCCUCCAACUCCAAGCCGAGCUCGUCUCCACUACUCCAGCUGCAAGCCGCCGGCCAUGGUGCUUUCCCUGGCGGCCAUCCGGUUAUGCGUCGUUGUGCCUUUGGUCUUGCUCAUUGUCGAACGCCAUUACCUCGCCGACCGCGACCCUAUCUCCGUUCUUCAAGUCGCCCAGCCCUCUGUUGGGUCCGCUAGCGACGACCGUCGUAGAGCGCUGCUCGACCUCCUCCAUGCACGAACAGCAGCAACCUCGAGCCUCCUCUGCGUCGUGCCAUCGACCCGCUCGAUGGAAUGCCGCAGCGAGCUCUACCCGAUCUGCAAUGCCUGCGCACCAUCGUCGAAAUCCCCGCAACCGUGUUGAUUCGCAACAACACGUCGUCGAUCUAGAAUCCCUAGCCUUGUGGUCGACCAUGCCCUCCAUCGAUGUCGUGCCUUGCGCAUCGCUUGCUCAACAGAAGCCUCACUCAUGAACGACAUGCAUGACUCAUUCGAUCCCUCUUGGGUUCUUAUCGUUUAACCGUCGCCUCGCCUCGAUGCCGGCUCCUACAUAACGUCUACAACUUGUGUUCAUGCCAAAAAUCCGAGAAGAUUAGGCGUAGAAGGAAACAAAUCAGUACGCAGCCGGAAAAUCCUCGAUGUGGAUGGAGAAGGUAGUGAAGUCCGCGUGGUGCUCACCACGUGCUCGAAGUAAUGGCGAGAUCAGAAAUCAUGGUUGUGUUCAUGGCCUUCGAGACAAAUUAAAUUAUUGGUGAACUAUCGUCACUCUCGCUCUUCAUUUUAAUAUUUCUCAUCAGUUUGGUAUGCUUGCGCUAUCCAUGUGGGUCGGUGACGUACACGUAAAUUGCAGUGGUGUGAUUAGUGAAAGAAGCUAGCUAGUGAAGAUAGUGUGAUUUCGUGUGACGCUCAAUAGGUGUUCGGCGAUUUGGGGGAAACAGUGAACGUCGUCGCUUUUGUUAAUACCGAGUCGCACUAUGGUCGAGUCGUUAGAUGGAUUGGCUACCUAGGUUGGUCGCGAU